GAGCGUCCCUCACCGCCCUGUUCGCACGUUACUGCCAAGUUCCGCAAUGUUGUUGUAGUAGCAUCAAAAUUUUAGGUACAGCAGUCCACAUCUCCGCAACAUGUUCGUUGUAGGCAGUCCUUCCGCGAUAUAUCAACGAAGCAUCUAGCGCUGAACUUGUUGAUUUGUAGCUGUGCAAGUGCGUGCUGUGUUUUUACUGGACACUUCCGAUGGCACCGAUGACCCGGCCGCCGGCGGAACUUCUCCGCGUACCGUUUCGGAUAUUGGCAGUGGCGACAGUAUUCCUUCCCUUGAGUUCGUUCGUCUUCUGCGUCCUAUGGUCGCUGAUGUACAACUUUUCCUCGGUCACCUCGACGCACUGUGGGGUGGCAAACUAUCUUCCGUCCAUCAGUGCAGCGGUGGGGGGUCCACACCCACAGCGCUACAUUUGGCGCAUCGGUGUCGGCCUGCAUACUGCUCCUAGGCUUCUCAUCUGUGUCAUGUACCAUCGCUACUACAAGAACAUGCUUGACACCCAACAUCAGUAUGUAGCGCGAAUCGCAUCAUGGAUAAGCUUUGUCGAGAUCUUCUCACUACUGGGCCUCUCUAAUGUCACAUCUACUGAAAAUUACGCUGCCCAUGAAAAGAUGUUUAUAUCUUUCAUAUUGUGUUCGCUUAUGUACAUGAUACUGUGCUGUGUUAUACCAAGCCUUGGACGAAGACGUUCACUGUCUAGUGUGGAAGAGUACUCCUUGAAGCUGAAGAAGCAGCUGACAGUAGGGUCCCUUAUCCUCUGCGUUCUGUGCACCUACUUUUUCAUUCGUCAUACCACACGCUGUGAACCAUUGAUGUACACACUCUUUUCUUUAACCGAGUACAUUGUGGUGCUGUGCAACAUGGGCUUCCAUAUGACUGCCUACUGGGACUUCGCAGACAAGGCGCUUUACGUUUCAAACAUUCAAUGGGAAGGCACAGGAGACAAGGAACGACUUCUGCCAUUGAAUCAAGAUGUUUGAUUCGGUUGCACAACCAAGAAAAGAUCCUUGAACAAGAACCUCAAAGAAGAUCCAGCAUUUGCAAAUAAUGAAUGCGACAUAUCUUGCACUUUGGGUGGUCUCCACAUUUCCAGCAAACCAACAAUUGCCGUAGGCACGCAUUUCAGAUCAUGUUUUCUCGCACUUGCCUUUCAGUUCAAAUUAGGCGCUCAGAAGAACCCACAACCGAGAGCUUUGUCUUUGUAUGGAUAAAUAAAGCCCUACAAGUUUGGCUCUUCUGUGAUGGCGAAAAAAGACCAGAUUUAAGCUAGGACGUCAUAUUUUAUGAGAUUUGGUAUGCACUGUGAUAUUUGUUAGUGCAGGAGCUGGGUUCCUGUACCAGUUUGAAAUUGCUGUCUUUGUAAACGACCAGUUUGUCUUGGAAUCUUACAAAAAAUAAAGAAAAUUCAUUUGCAA